AAAUAUCAAAGAUUGACUAAAUGACAACAAUACUUUAACUGACAAUUCCAGUGAAAUCCAGCGAAGGAUUUUCGCCAAUCACAAAAGAGAACAAGCAAGUGGUUGAGACGACUGGACAUUGCAUGCAGAGCAGCAGGCCUAAAAAAUUUCAUCAACUCGAACGCAGCAUCCAUCCAGUCUACCAAUCAACUCAAUAGCACUCUUACGCUGGUUUUGACUGCAGAAGCCGUGUGUGGUUGAGUCCAUUAUUAGCGGGUGCUGGAACCAGCACCAAGCUUGUUUCCUUCCAAGCAAGUUUGAUCAGGUCAAACUUGUGGUUGUUGGUGUGUUACCUUGUGUCCAAAAGAUUGCCCCUUCACUUAUUGACAACCAAAGAACCCGCUCACCAUGAUGGCUGUAGUAUCACCUCACGACAACCUGGCGCUGUCUCCACUGAUAGAUCCCAUCAGCAGCACUGCCGAACGACGUCGCCCCGUUCCCUUUGCUCUUCCAAAGAAACUGGGCAGCGACCGGUUGUUGUUGGUCUCCCAAGCACUCCACGAAACUCCAACGUACAAAUCCAUCAGUCCCGAACUCCAGAAACAACGCAAAUCGCUCCGCCCACUCGAUUGGAGCAGUCAUAGUCAAGCAAAACGCGUUCACUUUCGCGCUGUCGAUCAAAUCCACGAGUACGAAAAAGACUACACAGUGUCAGAUUACCCCGAUCUGUGGUUCUCCGACACCGAAUUUGCCGCCAUUUUCGAUCGCGACGAUGACGAUUACACCGUCUGCUACGCCGCCAUGGAUCAUACCAAGCAAAUCCUUCAAUUGUGGGGCAUGUGUUCGCGGGCCGCCAGUCAACGAUGGACGUGUAUGAAUACCAGUAGCAACCAGAUCUCCAUUGAGGCGGAUGAGGAUGAUGAAUUGCCACACGGCACGGUCAGUGCCGUCGACACGCUGUUCCAACAAGCGCCGCAUCCGCACGCGAGAGGAUUGGAACAUCGCAUCAUUACGGGAAUUCGCAAUCAUCGUCAAAAAGCCGUACAGAGUUUUUUACAGCAUGCGGCAGCCUGCAAGGAUGCUGAUGAUAAUCAAGACGAAAAGACAAUUAUUUGUCCGCGCUAUCUCAAAUUUUCACAAACGGCGGGACAGUUUGCCCGGGCUUUGGCAGAAGGGGAUGCCCGUGUGGCGCACACAAUUCAACAAGAAGAAGAAGAGGGAAAUGAGGAAUGAAAUUCUACUAUGCUAGCUACAUACCAGCGAGCUAUCACAAGUACACAUGUACUACAUAACUGCACAUAAAUUUUGCAUUUUUCCAAUGGC